AUGUCAAUUUUUGGACAACAAAUAAAUCUUUUUGUAUUCUUUGGUUUGAACGGUUCACAAAGAAUCGAACUUUUUCAAUGGUUAUUGAUUCCCACAAGUAUUUUAUCUCUAGCUCAAAAUCGUAAUCGAUCCUUAACUUUCACCGCAAUAAUAUCACCGGAAGACAGUCAAGUUUUACCAGGAAUUGUUUUAACUCCUCACCUUACAUUGAAUAGUGACUUUGUUUCUAUGUUCCUUAUUGCAUUCACCGUGAUCCAAACUGUUACAGCUGCAUAUAAUGUAUUGUUUAGUAACAGUUGGAUUUUAAAAAUUCUAAAUGGUUCAUUGCAAAAAGCUUAUAAUUUAGAUCCUGAUCUGAUAAAAGAAUUCGAAUAUGAGCUUUCAUGCAAUGAAUAUUCAAUAAUUGAUCGAUCCAGUGAAUUUGUUGAUAAUUGUCAUAAUAUCAUUUUAAUGAACCGAUUUGGUCCCCAAUUAUUUUAUGUGGCCAAAAUCGUACUUUUUUCAAGAUUAAUUCAAUUGAUAGGUGUUCUUAUGCAUACCUUCAUAUUCGAUUGUAUUACAAUGUACGACAUACGACAAUAUAUUUGUAGGGAUGAUAGUGAAGAACGCUUGUGCGGUAAAGAUAAAGGCCUUAUAACUAAUUCUAAUGCUGAUGAAUUGGAGGUGCAAAUUAUUUCAAAUUCUUCCUCAGCAAGAUGA